AUGGUCUUCUACUUCACUUCGACCGUCGUCAGUCCCCCGGCGUUCAUUUUUGUGGGGAAAGACAAGUUUGAGAACGAGGAGUUGAUCCAACACGGCUGGGAGGAGGAUUUCCAUGUCGACAAACUUUCCAGUGCUCAUAUUUACCUCCGUCUCCCAGAGGGUUGGACAUGGGAGAACAUUCCCGAGGAGCUCCUGACCGACCUUGGUCAGUUGACCAAGGCCAACUCCAUCGAGGGUAACAAGAAGGACAACAUCACAAUCAUCUAUACCCCAUGGGCCAAUCUCAAGAAGGACGGCAGCAUGGCGGUUGGCCAGGUCAGCUUCAAGGAUCAGAAGAAAGUGAAGCGCAUUUUGAUCGCGCAGCGCGAAAAUGCUAUCGUCAACCGUUUGAACAAGACCAAGGUUGAGAAGCACCCGGACCUGCGAGAGGAGAAGGAGCAGCAUCUCAAAGAGCUGCGCAAGAAGGAUCAGGCGGCGGUGCUGGCGCGGAAGAAGGAGGAGGAUCGCCUGAAGAAGGAGCGGGCCGAGAAAAAGUGGCAGAAGGAUCAUGCCUACGAUGAGCUCUUUGCUGAGGAGAACAUGAUGAACUCGAGCAAUCAGGAUCGGGAUGAGACCUGGGAGGAUGAUUUCAUGUAA